GGGUCACGUGGCGGCUUGGCCGGAGAAAUGGCGGCUUCGGGAGAGAGUGGGGCUUCGGGAGAGAGUGGGGCUUCGGGCGGCGGAGGCAGCACAGAGGAAGCGUUUAUGACCUUCUAUAGUGAGGUGAAACAAAUAGAGAAGAGAGAUUCGGUUCUAACAUCCAAAAAUCAGAUUGAAAGAUUGACCCGUCCUGGUUCCUCUUACUUCAAUUUGAACCCAUUUGAGGUUCUUCAGAUAGAUCCUGAAGUGACAGAUGAAGAAAUAAAAAAGAGAUUUCGUCAGUUAUCCAUAUUGGUGCAUCCUGACAAAAAUCAAGAUGAUGCUGACAGAGCACAAAAGGCUUUUGAAGCUGUGGACAAAGCUUACAAGUUGCUACUGGAUCAGGAACAAAAGAAGAGGGCCCUGGAUGUAAUUCAGGCAGGAAAAGAAUACGUGGAACACACUGUGAAAGAGCGAAAAAAACAAUUAAAGAAGGAAGGAAAACCUACAAAUGUAGAGGAGGAUGACCCUGAGCUGUUCAAACAAGCAGUAUAUAAACAGACCAUGAAACUUUUUGCUGAGCUGGAAAUUAAAAGGAAAGAGAGAGAAGCCAAAGAGAUGCACGAAAGGAAACGACAAAGGGAAGAAGAGAUUGAAGCUCAAGAAAAAGCCAAACGAGAAAGGGAGUGGCAGAAGAACUUUGAGGAAAGUCGAGAUGGUCGUGUUGACAGCUGGCGAAACUUCCAAGCAAAUACAAAGGGGAAGAAAGAGAAGAAAAAUCGGACCUUCCUGAGACCCCCAAAAGUAAAAAUGGAGCAGCGUGAGUGACCACCUGGGGUCACACAACCUUCCCCCACUUCUCUUCCUUCCUGCUUUGAAGGACUCAUUCUUUUCUCCCACUUCCACCCCAACAUAGAGUAGUACUUGCUUUUUAGUUCGUUUUGUUUUCAAUACAAUUUAAUAUCGAUCAGAGUAAUUCUUUUGUACAUUGAAAUAAGGGGCUUGGUUUUAAAAAGACCAUCCCUACCCCCUACCCCUAAACAACUGGGAUUGGAAGGUGUCACCAUUGGUGGUGUCUUCUUUUCCUACAGCCUGUAACUUAAUGUUUUGUACUUUGCUGAAUUGUGAUGGUUAGAAACUUCGUGUAUAGUUUGUGGAAGUCAUCCAAUUAAACAUAUUGCUUAAAAUGGUGUUGCUGUGACUUCAGAGACAAGCCUGGGCUACUUUAGGAAUCCCCUUUUCUUCAGUUGCUUUCUUCUGGGUGUGCCACCCUUGGAAGCCCCAGGUCAGAUGGCGAAGGCAGUAUGGGCACACAGAGCAGUCACUUGAUGCCCUGAUACCCUGUGGUGACUGGCAUGGGCUCUUCCGUCUGACUGACCAAUCAGUGUGGCAUGAGGCUCUGAGCCAAAACCUGUUCACUUUCCAAAGAGCUAUCCAUUCCCUAUCCACUACCAUUAUGUCCUAGCCUGUCUGUAUUUGUUAGUGGCAAUAUUCUUGAUGUAUAAUAAAUUUUUAUACUCAAACCA